AUGGCAACCAAUAACGAUUGGUUGGGAAGUGAAAAAAAAGAGGAAAUUAUAAGCAAUUUAAUGUUUCGCACCGUAAGUUGUGGUAUGGAGAGUGAAAUUGUGAUACAGGUAAUGAACAGUCUAUAUCCCAGUGUUGGAGACAAAAAAAAUCUCUUAAAAUCUGCUUUAGUCAGACGCUGUUUAAAAAUGAUAAAACUGAUCGAGGCAGAUAACUUGAAAAUACACGAGGUCAGAUUCGAAGAUGGACAUUCUGCUCUGCAUUAUUUGGCUGAAGUAAUAUACAAAGGAAACGAUGAACCCCUGUCGUGCGAAGGAAAUUUAAAAGUAUUAACCCUAAGGAUCAUGGAUUACUUAUUGGAGAGUCCAGAAAAAAACUAUCAAGACAAUCUCGGAUAUACAUAUUUACAUGGAGCUUGUAUGUCUGGCAAUGUGAGUGCAGUGAAUUUACUUUUGAGCCAAGGCGUGGACGUCAAUCUCGACACAUACACGUGUUCGCCGCUUCAUUUAGCAGCCCAGUACAGACACGCUGAAGUUGUUGAAAUUUUAUUGACACACGGGGCCAAUCCAAAUCAGCGAGACGCAGAGGAAUCCACGCCUCUUCACGCCCUGGCUCGGCUGUGUCUAUGUCAGUGCACCGAUUGCGAAAAAUUCUGUGAUAAGAGGAAACCAGUGGAUAAACUCGUUCAAAUGCUCAUUGAUAACGGAGCAGAUAUCGAAGCUCGUAAUUGUCAAGGGUACACUCCACUAGGUCUGUCGGUUUCUCGACUUGACCUUGAGCUCACGAGGACAUUUUUGAAGUAUGGAGCGAAGAUCGACAAUUUAAACGAGAAUAAAAUUUUCAACAUGACAUUCACACCACUGGAAUUGAAAAAUUAUCCACUAACUCUCAACAUAAUUGAGAUGACUCAUUUGUUGAAGUCAGCUGGAUACAAUUUAAGUUUACAAGCAAGACUCAGAAUGAUAAAAUAUUGGAUGAAAAUUCGAGGAAACGAUACAGACCAUCUAAUCAGCGAUGAUACCGAGUCAUCGAAAAUAUUUAACAAGGACAAGAUCGAGAAGAAAAUAUUUUUUCAUGAUAAGUACGGAUUUCAUCUUACACAAAAAGCUGAAGGUUUCUUGCGCCAAAAAUGCGAGGAAUUAAGAAAUUUAAAUCCGAGUGAAUAUCACCGAUUUUUUCCUCGAGAAGCAAUUAACGAUUUGACAGCUCAAGUUGAGCGCACAAAAAAUAUCAUGCUCAGCGAAAACGUUUCGCUGUAUCAAAUGUGCCGAAUGAGCUACAGUAAUGGUUAUUCGCUGAUAAAAGACCAGAUCUAA